AUGAAUUUUUCCGUUGCAAACAAUCAUCAGAGGCAACACGAUGGCCAGGAUUUUGUUGACUUCGCCCAGGGAUCUGUCGCAACAAGAAAAGGAGAUGGCCUUACCAUGAUCUCCAUCAUUGUUGCUGUUUUUGUCCUCUUGGCCAUUAUAAUCAUCGUGACUGUACAUUACGGUCCAAAACUACGUACUAUCCAGAUCACUCUGUACCAUGAGCCCAUGCCACACAACAUGGAUAAUGGAGUCCAGUUAAAAAACUGGAAGAAACUUGGUUCCCACAGAAGCAGCAGCGUGCAAUCUGCUACGACAUUGGAGGACAGCAAUGCUUCUGGUCUGAACCCUCAGUGUGCAAGUGGAGAGCCAAAUGUUAUAGAGAUUACUUACUUGUGA